UCAACCUCUGGUGGCUGUAGUUUAGUUUCUGUGGAAUAUUCCGAAAAUAAAACGAUACCACUAUUAGAAAUUGGAAAAAAGAAAGAAACACGAGGUAUAUAGUAAUGUUCAUUCAAUUACUGUAGUAGUAAAAACGAAUUUGAAUACCGAUCAUGAACCAGAGAUCAAAUUCGGUAGACAUUCGGGAUCUACAGGAUAUACAGACACCUUUUGAAGUUCCUUUAUCUGGAGUUUACAAACGGAGUUUUGCUUAUAUAACAAUUAAAGAUAGAUUACCAAUAAUUUUAACUAAAAUAAUUGAUACUCUCAGUCGUAACAAGGAAGAUAUUGCACAAAAAUAUGGAAAGAAUGCCACAGAGGAAAUUAAACAAAUUUCAGGAUUUAUUAGUAAAUUAAAAAACGAAGUAGCAACAAAUAAAACUUUAAAACCAUUACGCUUGCUACGUGAUAGUAAGGAUAAUGAUGCAAAAGAAUGGAAUAAGUAUUUAAUAAAGAGAACUGAGAUAGAAGGGGGAACUCCGACCUGGUUUAAUACUGCAUGGUUAUAUUGCGAAUGCUAUAUGUACAGAGCACUUGCACAAGAGUUUGCUCUCAUGGAAUAUAUAACAAACUAUGAUCCUUUUGAACUUCAAAAACAGAAUGCAUUUACAAAUUCAAUGACUAGUGUAAAAGCAAUGUCUACUUAUACUAUAAACCUUGUACAUAAAGUGGAAAACCUAUCAAUAGUUGAAACUAAAGAGGAACUUUUUAAAUUUUUUAAAUCUAAUCUUUGGGGUAACAAAUGUGAUUUAUCUCUAAGUGCUGGAUCUGAAGUCGCUCAAACUAGUAAUCCUAUAGAGGUGUUAAAAUCCUUAGAUAAGGACAUUCUUGUAGAUAAUUCAGAAAUCAUUUGGAAUUUAUUACAGAAGAAAGAUAAUAAUAAUGCAAAUAUUAUAGAUAUAAUACUUGAUAAUGCAGGAUAUGAACUUUUUACUGAUUUAUGCUUAGCUGUAUUUUUAAUUACAAACAAACUUGCAGAAAACAUAAGAUUUUAUGUAAAACGCUAUCCAUGGUAUGUAAGUGACACAACAACAAAUGACUUUAAGUGGACUUUAGAAUACAUGAAAAAUUCAUCAGAUAAAAGUAUACAAGAAUUAGCUAAAUUAUCUCACAACUAUUUAAAGAACCAUGUAUGGACUAUUGAGGAAGAACCAUAUUGGACAGGACCUUACGACUUUGCAGAGAUGGAAGAACAUGACCCAGUACUAUAUGCAAAAUUAUCAGAAGCUAAAUUAGCAAUAUACAAAGGUGACUUGAAUUAUAGAAAAUUAUUAGGUGAUAUCAACUGGGAAUAUACAACAGAAUUUAGACAAGCAAUAAGAGGAUUUCAGCCAACAAAUAUCCUAUCCUUGAGAACAGUCAAAUCUGAUGUGUGUGCUGGUUUAUUACCUGGCAUAGCAGAAGAAUUAUUUAAAAAAGAUGAAAAUUGGAUGUAUACAGGACAAUAUGGACUUAUUCAAACUAAUAUAGCUGGAUCUUGUCAAUGUUCUAACGAAAUAUGUUAAAAUUUCAUGAAU